AAAAUCUACUAAAAAGUUGUUCACAUAAGUCCAUACACAUUUUUUCCCCUUUUGUUCAUAUAUACUUUUUAAGAUUUGAUCUUUGUGUUUUCUUGAUAUUUUUUUUAUCUCAAUGAUCAACAAAUCUAACGAAUUCAUUCGCCGGAUUUUGAAUUUUCCGGCUAUUCGUCCUAGUGAAACAGUGUGUUUUUCUAGCCUUGUUGCAUCUUUGAUCCAAUUAGGCCAAACAAUAUGUGAAUACAAGUCAAGAACUUUUUAUACAAAUAAGAAGAAUGUUAGGAAUUCGAUUCGUUUAAUUGAGGAUAUUCUCAUUGUUCUUAAAGAAAUCCCAAAUGGGGUUUCAAGAUUUGCUAAUUCAAGUAUUGUGAGCUUAUCUGAGAUUCAUUUUAUCUUCCAGAAGUUUCAUUUCUUGUUGGAUGAUUGUAGCAGAGAAGAUUCAAGAAUAUGGAUUUUAGCAAAAUCCGAGGAUGUCUCUUGCCAGUUUCAGAUGCUGGCAAGAGCUGUUGCUGUGGCACUUGAUGUUCUUCCUUUGAAGGAAAUGGAUGUUUCUGUGGAGGGUCAAGAAGUGGUUGAGUUUGUGAGGAAUCAAGCUGUUAAGUUGAAGUUUGAAGUGGAAAUGGAUGAUGGGAGAAUGCAAGUGAAUGUUUUGAAGAUUUUGGAUCAACUUGAAGAUGGAAUUGUUCCUGAAUCACAUGAUCUGAAAAGGGUUCUUGAUUAUUUAGGGAUUAAACGUUGGAGCGCGUGUAAUAGAGAAGUUAAGUUCUUGGAUAAUGAGAUGUUGUUGGAGGGGAAUACUGAGGAGAAGAGAGAUAUGGGGAUCCUUAGUAGCUUAAUGGGGUUCAUGAUAUACUGCAGGGGAACUCUGUUUGAUGUAUUGGAUAAUGGAGCAGGCAGACAAAUCAAUGGAGGCAGUACUAAUGCAGAUCAAGUCAUCAGGUUCUUGAAUCUUGAUGAUUUCAGGUGUCCAAUUACACUUGAAAUCAUGAGUGAUCCAGUGACAAUAGCCUCAGGUCACACGUAUGAUCGGGCUUCGAUUCUGAAAUGGUUCAGAGCUGGAAACUCCACUUGUCCAAAGACUGGUGAGAGGUUAACAAGUAUUGAUUUGGUUCCUAAUUUUGCUUUGAAGAUUUUAAUCAAGCAGUAUUGCUCUGCGAAUGGUAUUCCAUUUGUGGAGACUGGUAGGCGAAAUCGUGAUGCUGGAAGAUUUGUUGGUUCAAGCAGUGUGGCUAAUGAGCAGGCUAUGAAGUUGCUUGCAAGUUUUCUAGUAGGCAGGCUGGUUGCUGGAACAAUGGAACAGCAAAAUAAGGCUGCUUUCGAGAUUCGUUUGCUCACUAAAACAAGCAUUUUUAACAGGUCUUGUUUGGUGGAAGCUGGUGUAAUCCCACCUCUUCUGAAUCUUGUUACUUCAAGGGAUUCUUCUUGUCAAGAGAAUGCAAUGGAUACUCUGCUGAACCUCUCAAAGAACUCUAAAUGCAAAAGCACAAUUGUUGGAAAUGGAGGUUUGUUCUUGAUACUUGAUGUGUUGAAAGGAGGGCUAAAGAUGGAAGCUCGACAGCACGCAGCUGGUACAUUAUUCUACCUUACAUCAGUAGAAGAGUACCGUAAAAUGAUGGGAGAAAAUCCAGAGUUCAUUCCAUCACUUUUGGAGUUGCUAAGAAAUGGCACUGACAGAGGAAAAAAGAAUGCCUUGGUCACCAUUUUUGGCCUCCUAAUGCGCCCCGAAAACCACUGGAGAGUGAUUGCUGCUGGAUUAGUCCCCUUGGUGGUUAAUCUGUUGAAAUCUUUCGAAAGGGAAGAUCUCAUUACAGAUUCUUUAGCAGUUUUAACAACGCUUUCUGAAAGGCUAGACGGAGCAAUGGCUGUUCUUUAUGCUGGAGCUUUGCCUAUUAUUGUCAAUGUUCUAAGUUCUUGCAAUUCAAGGGCAUCCAAGGAGUACUGUGUCUCAUUGUUGCUGGCUUUGUGUAUCAAUGGUGGAGCAGAUGCAGUUCCUGUUUUAGUAAAGAACUCAUCUCUCAUGGGACCGUUAUAUUCCCUCCUGGCUGAAGGCAACUCAAAAGCAAGCAAGAAAGCUAGUACACUCAUCAGAAUCUUGCACGAGUACAACGAGAAGACCUCAUCUGGCUUGAUCACUCCAGUUUUUAUAGAGGAUCAAUUCAUUAAUGUGUGGUAAUUAUUUACAAGCAUCCAACAUGUAUAUAUACACCAUGGUGUAGGAUGCUUUAGUGUCAUUUUCCAUUACUGGUGAUAUCGGCUCAAGUUUUUAAGAGCUAGUCACACUACACUGCUGCAGCUUCUGGUUUUUUGAAUGAAGCUUUGUAUAGUUUU